UAGGAUGCUGAUCGAAUGUUUGACCCGCCAGGCAUGCAGAGUUCAGAAGCUGCCCUCCUGUGAUGCUUACAGGCACCUGUGGGGGUGGCUGAAUGCUGUUUUUAACAAGGUGGACCAUGAACGGAUCCAGGCUGUCGGGCCCGACCGAGCAGCCUCGGAGUGGCUCCUGCGCUGCGGGGCACACGUGCGCUACCAGGGCCUUGAUAAAUGGCAGCAAGAUUACAACGGACUCCCCACAGGGCCGCUAGGGAAAUACAAGAUACAAGCCAUCGACGCCACGGAAUCUUGCAUCAUGUAUAGGGGAUUUGAUCACCUGGAUGGCCUGGAGCACGUCGAGGAAAUCAAGUUCUGCAAGUGCGCGUACCUCCAGGAUGAGUGUUUGCAGCGACUCAGCGAGAUCGAGAACUUACGGAGGAGCCUGCUGCGCCUGUGGGUCGUUUCCUGUGGGAACAUCACAGACAAAGGCGUUAUCGCUCUGCAUAAGCUCAGUAAUCUGGAGUAUUUGUUCCUGAGUGACCUGCCUGGGAUAAAAGAGAAGGAAACUACGGCAGAGAUGCUUAGGAAAUCAAUACCAUCACUGGUGUUGGAAUUAGACUUGGAAUAA